AUGUCGAGGCAACCGCAACAACCGUUUCCUUACGGGAAUACAUAUCCAGAAGGAUACACUCAACAACAGGUCUACAACUACCAGUAUCCGCAACAAUCUCCGGUGUACGCUCAACACCCGCAGCAGCAACAACAGCGACUGUAUACUCAGCCGGCUGUAGCAUACCAGCAACAGUAUUUCGGGCAGCCGCAGUAUUACUACCAAACCACCGGGCAGCUCGGCCUGUCGGCCUCGGACAUGCAGCAAGAAAAUACUUACGACGACCUCGAAAGCUACUACGAACAGAACGAAGCUCAACAACAACAAUACGACCAAGGCUCAACCUCUCCCUCUCUUCCCGCAGACGCUCGCCGACCUGGAACGCCACACCCGGACGUGUCACGAAUGGCAGAGUACUGA